GACCGGUUGGACGGGUUAAAGAGCAGCUCGCUCACUCUGCACAGUUUGAACUGCUGUUUCUCAUUUACUUCCAUUUGCUGAUUACUGCAGUCAGUUUGUCGGUAACUUUCCUUAUAAGAUGAAGAUCGUCCUUUUUUUAUUUGGUCUUUGGAUCCCAUCUGCGUUCUGUGUUGUUAUAAAAGUCAAACCAGAAGUUCCCCCGACCCGUGAAAUCCGAGCUCUCCGAACUACCACCACCAUCACUCUAACCAAGCCGAUUUGUGUCUUUACCAAUGGUACUGUUGUCGAUGUGUUCGGCGUGCAAGCUACUGUGAAUUCAAUACCAAAUGCCAUUGGCAAUAGCAGCAUAAGGACUUAUCAACAAACAAAAGGAGGGGCAACUGGGCCAUAUCGUGCUGCAAGCUUUGGCAUUCCAACAUGUACAUCUUCACCCUUCAUGCUGAGCACAGAUCCUUUGAGAAUCCAAGCUGAGAUUGAUGAAUAUCUGUUCAGAGUUGGGGAUGAUGUCCAGUGUCUGAGGCAAAUUAACCCUCCAAAUAAAUGCAAUGCUCCACUUACUGCAGGUGUAAAGUACAGGUUCAAGUAUGCUGUAAGAAAUGGAUCUACAAAUGUGUAUCUUACUGAAACGCUCUGGUCAGAUUCCAUUGCCCUUCUAGAAGCUCCUGGGCCCACAGUUAUUGAUCCUGCAGGCAGGAGCACUGGAGGAAUGGUGGUGAUCACAACUAUUCUUGUCAUCCUUCUCUUUCUUCUUCUCUGUGCUUUUGUCACUUUGCUGAUGUCUAUAUUUUGUCUGAGAAAAGAAAUCCCUGCAGUGGAGCAGCGGCCUACUCCAGUGAGCUAUGUCGCUCAUAAAAAGCAUCUUGACUUUUCUCAACAUAUGUAUGCAGAAGCAUCCAAACCUGCUGUCCAACAGUCAUCUGAGGAACGUUACCAGCCGACUAUUGAGUCUAUUCAAGGUUCUGAGUAAAGUGAAGAUCCAAGUGUGUGUGUAUAUACCUCAGUUUGCUAUUGUGCAUUCUUGUGUUGCUCUAUGUUUAGAAUCCCAAAUGUUUUUAAGUGCUUGAAGUUAGAGGGUGGGUGGGGGACAUGGUUAAACCUAACACUUGGUUUAAGAGAACCUGCUAGUGCAUUACAGCAUUGGAUUGCAGUCUAAAUCUUCCAUGCAGCAGUUAAACUCUGCAUUAAGAUCUCAAAUUAUUUUCUUGCUGAAGAUGAUUCAAGGGCUUCAGUUCUUGAAGUCCUGAGAUUGAAAACGCUUGGAUUUGCUUUGGAACAAUUCAGGAAAUUAGCUAUUCUAAUCUAUCCCAUCUUCUCUCUCCUUGUUGGACACUGGGGCAUUGUCGCUUGUCUCAUUCAAAUGGCUAGUAUGCGUGAUAAAUGUUGCAGGCCAAAGCUGAUUUGGAGUUUAUCUUCACUAAAUUUGUGCACAUGUACUCUUGGCAUAGGUCAUUACUGAGCAGAAAAACCCCUCUAUCCUGGGGACUGGAACUUACACUGCAAGUCAGCUGUUCAAUGCAGAUUGGUGAUUGGACAUCAUCUGCAUAAAUGAGAUGGAGAUUUUACUGUCUGGGUUAAAUAACUGCAGGGAUAAUCAUGGAAAUUUUUUACUUCUAUAUUCAAUUAGGAACAUAGAGCCAGUUUAGUUAGCUUGGUAAAAGUCAUUAUGCAAACACACCAUUGAGAACUCAUUCCAAAAUAGUCUAUUGGAUUUAAGUGGGCCCAGACAGACAUUGGGAACCUUCUGCUCUCCAUGGGAUAAGAUCUUGCCUCAGGUUAGUGAUCUUUAACAGUCUGGUAGAUUGUGCCUCUAUCUUGGACUUGGUGGGGUCACUUAGCUAGCAUCAAAUGAUUAGCUUCAUUUUUAAGUGUGAACAAGCUUAGCUUUGCCUUCUCCAGCUUAAUUCUUCAAUGGUCAAAGACUUUUUUGUCAAGCAUUAUUUCUGAAAUAUAUAUUCAUAAACCAAUUAAUGUCAUGGAUUUCAAUUAUUUGGCCCGUGUGCUUUUUGGGAAAUCUAUUUUAUGCUGGGGUGUUGAUCUCAUUAAGAACUAAGUUUCUCUAGGAGAUCUCUGGUUAGGCACAGUGAUUGACCAAGUUGCCUGGGAGAUAGAUAAUAGAAUAGCCAAGGGCCAACAAGGAGUCAAUUUAUAGGGGUGAAUAGAUUUUGGGUGUGGCUCUGGUCUCAAGCAGGGUUUUAGUUCAGAAUAAACUUGCUGCAGGACACAUCUUUCAAGCAGAGUUCAUUUGAAAUUAGCUAACGAGUUUUAAAACUCUUGAACUGAAGGACCCCUAAUAGGGAAUUUGACUUCUGGGAUAGCCAGAAGAGUGUGUUUAAUGCAAGACUUGAGAGUUAAGAAUAUUAGAAGCAGAGUGUUCUGACUGAAGGUGGCUACGCUUCAGAUACUAGCCUGUGUUGAACUAGGAGUCUACAACUGUAAGACAGUUGGGGUUUUGAAAAGGCAACCUUGCUGGAAGUAGAAGGCCCAAGAAAUCUCAACCUUUGCAUAAACCUUCCCACCUCAAAUCUUCAAAGCAGUACUCUGACCAAAUGGUUAAUCUUCCAAUUUUUGUUAACUGACUUGUGUUAUUGGGGGUGGGGAGUGUAUGUCAAAUGGGUAUAGAAGGAAAGUUUUUUUCUAAGUUUUUAGUUUAGACUGUAAGUAUCCAUGUAUAUUCUACUUUCAAUCUCAUAGCUGACUAUUGUCUCCGUUUGUUUUGGUGCAAUAGUUAUUUUGCUUUAAACCAUGAACUUUGUAGCUUCAUACCUGGGUUUUCAGAUUAUAAAUAAACAUGUUAUUGGUCUCAGAUCAUAAUACAAUCUCAGAAGAAAUUAUUUGACAGCAAUGUCCUAUUCCUGUAGCUACUUGAAGAGUAAGGAUGUUGUCCUGCAGACCCCAGGUCAGGCUAUUCUCACCAGAUAUUGGGCAGAAGAUGAUGAAAUCUUGAUAAUGGGGGAGCAAUGAGGUCCAAUAACAGUGAAUGGGAAGCUGAACCAAGGAACUACCAUGACAUUGAAACCCCCAAGAAUACAGAUGCACAUGCUAUUGUAGGUGGACUGGAAGCUAUUGUGUAUAUUACUACUCGUCAAAUGUAGUAAUCUUAAUUAUUUCUGGACUCCAAAUUAAUUGUGAAUUUAUCUUAGUGAGGUUGAAGUCUCCUUCCACCUGUAUCUCUACAACAUAAACCCAGCUUCUUAUGGUACUUAACCAAAUCAUGGCAGCAUGUGUUGUGGGUUGUGGAUUGUUUCAAAUGAUAGUAAUACAGGAAAGUAUGUUCUAUAUCAAACUAAUGCUUGUAAAUGCAUCUUUUUGACUGCACAUACAUUUUGCCCUGGGAUGAGGUGGUGGUAUUGGGAAGAAAAGUAAAUAAGGAAACAAUUGCAUUUUUUUGGGAAGUAUUGAGACCAGACCGCUUUCAAAUUUAAAGUAAUUUUCUUUUCCAAGGCUGAUUUUAAAAAUGAAGAUGAGAUCGAUUACACUCUGGCUACCUUGUAUUUCCCCCACAGCAAACUGCAUCAUUGUUGGAACCCAAACUUGCUUUUACAAACCCUGUUUAACACACGAUUGUACAGGAAUAGUUAAACUUCUGACUGUAACUUGGCUCAUUUUUUGGUAUGGUAUUUUUCUUGUAUUCAUUAAAAUAAAAACAAUCUUUGUAUA